CACGAACCCACCAUCUCAGAACGCGUCCUCGGACCUCCUUGUGCCCCCGCUCGCUCUCCUUUUUCUCCUCUUUCGACGACCCGUUACAUUCUCUACCAUGUCGCAGUACAGCACCAAUGGCGACGUCUUCGGCUCAAGUUCCCAGUUUCUUUCACCGCCAAAGCCCAAAGCUUUAUACCGUAAAUCGCCUUCACGACAAAGCCUGAAUCCACGUCGUUCGACGGCCUCCCUACGAAGUACCUCUAACCUUGCGCAUGCCAUGGACGACGACACUUCCAAUAGCCGCUACUCGUUGGCCCAUGAACUCGCAGUAGCGCUCAUGCCAGAACCAAGCGCAGGCUCCAUGCUCCUUGCCGAAGAAUUUGGAAUCGAGUACGACGAAGGCGCUGAGGGCAUAGACAAAACCCUCCACCAUGAUGAAGAUAUGCAUCUCACUGCUGGCGGUGAGCCAUUGUCGUUAGCAUCCGAGUCAGAGUCAGAUUCAUCAGUCAAUUCCCCAUUCGACGACGGUCUAGACGACAUAGACGAUUCCCAUUCCAUGUACAAUCCUAUUAUCGACAGCCCGUCCGCUAAUAAACAUCGACGGCCGGAAAAGAAGGAUGCCAUGGAAAUCCUGUCCGAAAACCUAGAAUCCACCGAUAAAUUCCUCUCACAUUUGCGGCACAUUGACGUUGACAUGGGACCUUCGGCUUCACAGCAGCCAACGUUGGAGAAGAUUGCUACAGAUGUUAUACGUAGAAUUAACGACACCGUUAGGGAUCGAGAAGGUCAGGUGCGGGAACUGUUGGAGUACGAAAGAGAACUACGGAAGAUUGCUGGUGAGGUUGGCGGGAACGAUGUGCUCGGUCAGCUGGAAGAGUUUACGCCACCAGACGACCUCGUUGAUGGGAAGCCGCCUGUAGAAUUACCUCACUCGGGAUCGCGGCAUUUGGAUAUCGUGGAGGAAGAGCAUUUUUCGAACCUUUCAAAUUCUAGUGAUUGGGAUAUGGAUCCUGAUCACCGUCAUCUAGGAGAUUAUUCCGACGACGAAUCUGAUACUCCACUUUCACCCUUGAAAGAUUCCUUCCCGCUUCCACCUACGGUAAACGGCCCUGCUACACCUGCUGUGACAAUACCACAACUAGCACAUCUGCGCUCCUUCACGUCUUCCCUUGUCAGUUCCCUUUCUACUAUCUCUGAGCAAGCACAGGUCAAUGGCGCAGCUACAACAGAAGCAGGACGGAAGAUACGAGCGCUGAAGAAUAAAUUAGGAGGGUGGCGGACGGAAUGGGACAGCGCUGAAAGAAGUCGACGGAGGAUUGAACGGUGGGAGGCUGGAAUUGUGGAUGGCCCGGAUUCCAGUGGGGAAAACACGCCCGUCGCGUCGCCGAUGCGCACUAAUGGGAUGAAGAGAGCAGAUGGUCGCCAAAUCGUUCGCGAGCACUUAGAUGCCUUUCAACUCGCUUUAACAGACGCGGGUAUGAAGACUCAAGCCAUCAUGGCAUCAUAAUAGCCUUUAAGGUUGUUUAAUUUUUGUCUUUAUUGCUCUGUCUAUUUCACGGCGCAUCUUCCUACAUUUUUAUACUAGUCUGCUUUACUGUACGACCUCAUCACAUAUAGCACACUUUACGCUUUAGAUCCAUAACUACAGCUGGGUUCUCAUCCAUGCUGUAGGGCUUCAUACUUAUCUGGUAGAUGGAAUCGAUACCCCUCGCGUUAACCGCCACAUUU